AUGAAUCGCACCAACAAAUAUUAAGAUAGCAACAGAGGAAAUCAGUCAGGUUUUCCUUUUGCUACUUAGCAACCUCAAAGUUAUAACAAACCUCUUGCAAAGGAUAUCACAUUCUAUUAGACAACUUACAGUGAACUGAGAAAACUCCUGACUCAAAAAAGAGCUCCAGUCUCACUUAAAGAUGCAUAGAGAGUUAAUGAGCAAUAGUUCAUUGAGUAUAUUCAAAAUAACCCAAAGGAAAUAAGUUAUGAUGAAUAUCGUAAAGAGUUUGUUUUUCAAAGCAAAUAUGGCAUUAAAAAUAAAGAGGAUCUAAAAAAUCUUCUCGUCAAUAAUCCUGAGGGAAUAAGAGAGGAUGAUGAUCUAAGAGAGUGUUACAGAGGUCUCGAAGAGGAUUUGGAAGAUUUGAAGAAUCUGGGCUGGGUUAGAGUUGUUAAAGUUUAAAGAGAUCAGAUUCUCUUCCCAAUCAAUAAAAAUGAGAGUCAUGUCGAAGUGAGACACAAUAUCAAUCCAAAGAUAAGCAAUAUGCUUUCUGACAUUUGGCAGAAUCUCGAGGGCAUUGAAGACUUUAAGUAUGAAAAUAUUUUGUUGGAAAACAAUUUGUUGAGCUAAUUUGAGAAAGAAUAGCUUACUUAUAGAUAGAGAUAAAGAUAAGCUUUAUUAGAGAAGGAUAGCGAGGAUUAAAAUGGUAUGGGAGGUCCAAGAAGAAUGCGAAGAGCUAAGAAGCAAAUGAAUGACCAUAUUGACAUAAACUUCCUUGAUGUCUUAUGA